AUGCCUCGUACACUAGUAAAUGUCAGUGUUGGUGGACACACAGAAGCAGUAGCACAGAUAGCAAGGGGUCUAUUUUCGAGAGCCAUCCGCAUUUGGCACAGACACUAUAAAUCUGAUUUUUCUCCACCGCUGCCCCUUCACACACACUUUCCCCGAGGAGCUUCACUAAGGUACGGAGGUGCUCUUCUGAUACUUAUGGAUAAGAGUAGAUUGAUGUGAGAGUUUAAGACAAUCAUGGCUGAUGAAACUAAAAAAUCAAAGAUCUCCUCCUCUCGACGGCUGGGGUUGAAGAUCAGACUGUUGACAGUUGCAGCUCAGAUGCUGCAGGAGGAGACGGAGCAGAGGAUGAGGGAGAAAGAAGCUGUUCUGGCAGAAAAACUUCCUCCUCUGAAUAUGGCUGGUCUGUCUUUGCAAGAUCUGCAGGAUCUGUGCAAAGACAUGUACCAUAAGAUUGAUGUUGUGGACGAGGAGCGCUAUGACAUCGGCCUGAAGGUUUCCAAGAAUGGCAAGGAGAUUGACGACAUGAACCUGAAGAUCACUGAGAUCCAGAGUAAGUUCAAGAAACCGACCCUGAGGAGAGUGAAGAUCUCGGCUGAGGCCAUGCUGAGCGUCCUGCUGGGCUCCAAACACAAAGAGUCCAUCGACUUCAAAGCCAACCUGAAAACGGUCAAGAAGGAGGAGGAAAAGAAAGAGGAGGUGACUGACUGGCGUAAGAACGUGGAGGCCAUGUCGGGUAUGGAGGGCCGGAAGAAGCUGUUUAACGCCUCUGGAAACUAAAGAAACAUUUUAUUUUCCAAUAUUUUAAUAAUCAUUUCAAUAAUUUCUCAUUAUUGAGAUACAUUUUUAACAUAACCCACCAUCUGAUGUAUAUCAUGUAGAUUUGUGAAUUGCUAUAUGAGAUUAACACCCAUAAAACCAGGAUUAUCUUGGAAAAACAACAGUUAGUGAAUAUUUUAAAAAGGGGCUGUUUAAGCUUCAUGUGGUUUUAACUUAAAAGAAUAGAUCAAAAAUAAUAAAUGUUUUUUGACACAUGUUGUUUUACUCUUGUUUGGUGAUGACUUGACUUUAAUAUGCUUCAGUAUUAAAUAAUGUGUAAUAGUGAUGCAGUGGUUGUUUGCUGUAGUUCUCCACUGUAGCCCUCAGAUGGCAGUAUAAUUCUUUCAAUGUGUUUAUUAUGUCAACUAACUACUGAGGAUCUGUGAGGACUGUGUCCCUCAUAAAUCCACAUUAUCUGAAUUAUCUGUUUUGAUCAAUUGCCAUUUAGUUUGUCAGGCAUCCAAUUUGACAAUUUAUACCAAAAUUAAAUACUAAGAUUGUAGUUUAUAUUAAAGUUAAAGCAGUGAGAGUAUUUAUCUUCAUAUUUUGCUUCUGUUGUUGAUACAAAGUUGGAACCAGCAAUGAUCCCUCAAUAAAAACACAUCAACCCUG